AUGGAUGUUGAUCCUUUGGUAGUUGCCAUCUUUGGCCCACCGCCUGAGGGGAUAGAUCUCUCGGCUAAUAGCGAGGCCAAGAAUGCUGCUGUUGUUCUUACCUUGUUGCUCAUCUCUGCUUUGUUCUUGGCUGGACGCAUUGUGAUUCGCACGCAGCAGGUUUAUGGGCUGAGUCUUGAUGACUAUGCGAUUAUUAUAUCGUGGGUCUUUGUGGCUGCUACUGGGGCCAUGGUAGUAGUUGUUGGCCAAGCUGGUGCUGGUAAGCAUGUCUGGGCACUCACAAUAGAUCAAAUGGUUGAGGUCUCCAAGCUCUCAUACAUAUAUACUUACUUCUUUGCAAUAUCCGUCUUUACAACAAAAGUAUCGAUUCUCCUCUUCUACCGACGAUUAUUCAGCCGGGGCGGCUUCUCAUUCAAGAUCGCCUUUUGGUUUGGGACCUUCCUGGUGGCAGCAUACCCAGUGAUAUUCCUGUUCACCAUGAUACUUGGCUGCACGCCUAUAAGCCACUACUGGACACAGUUCAAAGGGACCGAGGGAACUUGCAUUGAUGUUGGCCAAUUCUUUGUCAUUCUGGCCAUCAUCAAUCUGUUCACUAACGUCAUCGUGCUGUUGAUCCCAGUGCCAGAGGUACUCAAGCUUCAGAUGAACAGAGAGAAGAAGGGAGCUGUAUUUGGUAUCUUGGCCCUUGGAGGCUUAGUCUGCAUCGCCAGUGCUGUACGCGUAUACUAUCUAGACGUCUUCGCCAAAGCCGCCGACAACACAUGGGCCAUGGGCACCGUGGCAAUAUGGUCCUCGGUCGAGCCCUCAAUGGGCAUCGUAUCAGCCUGCCUACCCAGCUUCAAGUCAUUCUUGCGAUACCUGCGCCGCAAAGGCGGUAGCAAAAGCAGAUCAAGUUUUCCAACAAUUUCCAAUGGCGGAAAAGGAAACAGACUACGGUUUGAUGAUGAAAUUGCACUGAGAAGUCAGAUAGUUGGUGGUGAGGGAAGCAUGCAUAGUGGACAGGGAAGUGAGGCUGGAAGACAGAUUUACGUCAAGACGGAUGUUGAGCAGGUCAUUACUGAGAUACCCGAGGCGAUGAGACGAAGCAAUGUUUGA